AUGGCACCGCCCGUCUUAAACUCCAUGGCGAAUUAUAAUGAGAAGACGAUAUCGAAGAUUCAUAUGUGUGUUUUUCGAAAAUUCAACAUGAGUCUCCCUGACAACGCACAGCUCCAUUUCUCCGAGUGGAAUUAUAACAACAACUACAUAACCUGUGGUGGAGCCCUGGGUACCCUCAAAGUGGUGAAAAUCGGGUUGGACCCGGUGGACACAAAACAGAAUCCCGCAACAGCCUCCCUGAUUGUCAAUCAGACAUUGGAGGGGCAUCAAACGACGGUACUGAUUGCGACGUGGAAUGAGAAUCAUCAGAAGUUGACGACUAGCGACACAUCUGGGUUGAUAAUUGUGUGGGGAUUGUUCAAUGAGCAAUGGGUGGAGGAGAUGAUUAAUAAUAGAAACAAAAGUGUUGUCGUUGGAAUCGUCUGGAACCAAGAUGGAACAAAAAUUGCUAUUGCCUAUGCGGAUGGUAAUGUUAUAGUAGGAACCCUGGAGGGAAACCGGAUUUGGAAUAAGGAAUUGGAUAUGCAACUAGCGGCGUGUGAGUGGGCACCGGAUGGAGAGAUGUUGAUAUUUGGAACUGCUGAUGGGAAAGUGGUGGUGUUCGAUGAGACUGGAUCGCAUUUUCUGGACAUCCCAAUGCACUGCCUGGAAACGGAGGAUUUGGAGCAAGCUCUCGCCAAAAAAGAAAACCAACGGGAGGAAAUAGUUGUGAUCAAGUACUGGAGUCCCACUCUCAAAUCGAAAGCGGUAAUGGAGGAAAUGGAAAAAGAGUGGGAGAAGGAGAUGGCGAAGGAGAGGGAACCUCAAGGCACGGCGGUGUUUAACAACUAUCCAACACAGAAACCACAUAGGGAAUACGUGGAACCGGAUAAGAGUAGUGAACCUCAUCAACCCAUCCCACCGGAUCGUCCCAGGUUUAUGGUGGCUUAUCAGAGGGGGAUUCUGCAGUUGAUGAGGUCGAUUCAAGAUCCAGAGCCCGUAGUGGUCCGCCUCCCCAAUGUAAAAAUCACUGGAGCCAAGUGGUCUCCCAACGGAGCAUUUAUUGCUAUUUCGGGAACAGACCUGGAUAAAGAAGAGCCCCGGCACUCUCAUAUCCAUUUUCUGUCUGCGUAUGGACAUAAAAUCGGAUUCUUCCAACAUUUCGAGACUCGUAUCACGGGAAUUUGUUGGGAAGGCACUGGACUACGAAUGUCGAUUGCGGCGGAUGGAAAUUUGUUCAUUGGACACGUGAGACCGGAGUUUAAAUGGGGAGCGCUGGUCGACGCCAUCGUCUAUGUCUUCCAAAGAGAGGAGCUCUCGCAGUAUACUGUUAUGUUCUACGAUCAUAAGACCGAUGAAAAACACCCAAAAACGGUGACCUACUUUGAAAACAUGGCAUUCUUCCAUGAUCACUGUGUAAUUGUUAGCCGUCAAGACGACCAGAGUCUUAACCCGAAUCAGUAUUACUGCCAACUGUGCAAUAGCAUUGGCACGUCGAUUGACCACAAUUUCACAACUAUCCCGCCGAAAUUUCUGUGUGUCAACGGUAUGUGUGCAGUGGUGGCGAAUAAGGAUCGGUAUUGCAUUUGGCAUUUUGUACUACCAAAGUAUAACUCGGUGCAAGCAGGCAUUCAUAUUCCGGGCAAAGCAGCUGAAUACAAUUUGGAGGAGCAACAAAGGCCUGGGGAGUAUGGAGGCAAGAGAUCGUUCGGCAGUAAAGACGAGAUAUGUGCGAUUUGCAUUGGUGACACCUUCUUUUUGAUGGCGCUUCUAAGUGGUGGUAUCUUUUAUGCAAACUUAUCGGAUGGCUCGAUUACUAAAAGCUUUCCAAUAUCGGCGACUAUUGACUCAAUGAGAUUGAAUUGUAAAUAUAAUCGUCUAGCAAUUGUGAAGCUUGUUGAGCAAGUCCCAUUCUCAAUUCUCCUCUACGAGUUUGAUGGUGAGCAGCUAUCGAAGAUUUACGCUUGUGAGAAGAAGGAUAUAUGGGAUUAUAAGUGGGAUACGAACGAAGAAAACAUGCUUGCCUUCAAGGACAAACACAAACUGUUCAUCUGUGAUGGAACGUCUCUACUCGAACAAUCCAAUGUAUACGGUAACAUUGUAUCAUUCAAAAAUCUUACUGUAACCGCAGUAAGCCUUGAAAAGAUACUGAUGAAUCCGGAGAUGCCGACGAAGAAUGCACUGCAAGAGGUGCUGAUCAAGGCGAAACAGGAAGUGACGAAUCUUUUGAAUUCGAUGAAACUCGAUGAGGCAAUUGACUACGCAGAGAGAACUCCUCACUCGGAAUUGUGGACUAUGAUUGCUCAGUAUGCACUGUUCAAGCAGCAGUUCGAUUCGGCCGAGCACGCUUUUGUGAAGUUGGGCGAUUACGCUGGUGUUCAGCUGUUGAAACGGUUGAGAUUGAUGACGUCGAGAGAAUUGAGGAAUGCGGAGGUUAUGGCGUAUCAGGAUAAGUAUGAGGAGGCGAAACAGCUGUUUUUGCAGUGUGAUAGGAAAGACCUCGCUGUAGAAAUGUUCAAAAAAGUGGGUGACUCGAAAGCAGUCUACGAUCUUAUCAAAAACGAUCCGGAUGAGCAUGCGAAGAAAGAAGCGUUCCGAGAUUUAGCAGAGACCGCCGCUGAGCUAAUGGACUACGAUGACGCCGCAAAAUGGUACGGACAGUCAGGAGAUACUGGCGAACAGAUUGACUGUUUGAUAAGGGGAAAUAUGUUUGGAGAGCUGGAAGUACUGGCGAGAGCUCUGCCAGAUGACAGCGAUUUUAUGGAGGUAAUGGGCGACGCGUUCACUUCUCGUGGUAUGUGUGACCAGGCUGUGGAGUGUUAUCUACGAAAAAGUCUCCCCCAGAAGGCCCUUAAGGCUUGUAUGGAGCUCAAUCAGUGGCAGAAGGCACAAUUCAUCGCCGACGCAAAUCAUAUGGAAAAUGUGGAUGGAUUAUUGGGCAAAUAUGCGAUUGAGAUGAAAGGAGAAUCUGAUGAAAAGUCGCUAAAUGCUCUCGCCUUGUAUAUGCGUGCCGGUAGACAUCUGGACGCCGCAAAAAUCGCUUUCGAUAUCGCAAAAGACAGAAGGGACAAGUACGUGCCAUAUGAGGAGCUCAAACAAUGUUAUGUGCUUGGAGCAAUUUUAGUGGAGAAUCAUAGGCAGACAAUUAAGGAGUUGAGGAAGAUUGAUAAGCACAAUGUGCUGGAGGAUGCGUUGGACGAUGAGUCUGGGUUAACUGUGGAGCAGUCAAGGAUUCUGGAGAACACGUGGAGAGGAGCAGAGGCGUAUCAUUUCAUGAUGUUGGCGCAGCAACACUUUUUUGAGCACCGCAUCGAAGACGCCCUACAAACCUCGCUAAGCCUUUCUGACUACGAAGAGUUCCUAGACCCUGCUGAAAUUUACUCAAUGAUAGCCCUAGCUGCAGCAAACGUGAAGCAAUUCGGUAUCUGCUCAAAGGCUAUGAUGCGGUUGGAAGCACUCGACGAUUUUGAGGAGGCGGAGAAGGAUGAGAUGAGGAAUUUGUCGUUUAGACUGUUCUCGAAACACCCACCAGUCAACCCGAAUUCUGCAAAGGUGCCAUGUACUGCGUGUGACGCUAUGAUUGAUCCAUUUGAUAUGCAAUGCAAGGAGUGUCAGACGAAGUUCCCUGUCUGCAUCGCAUCUGGACGACUAAUCCUCGACAACAUCUUCUGGCUAUGCCCACGUUGCAAACAUCGAGCUCACCAACAUGAGAUCAUGAAGUACAGCUACUGUCCGUUGUGUCACGAUAUGGAGUCUUUUAGACCCACUUAA